UUUGAUUCAUGGAAACUUUUCUUCCCAGAUCAAAUGAUUCAGAACAUUGUCAACUUUACCAAUGACGAGUUGGAUGAUAUCUCCUCAAACUAUGCUCGUGACAAACAAGAUUGUCCUAAUACUAAUGUUGAUGAAUUGCUAUCAUUUUUUGGGGUUCUUUAUAUGUUAGGAGUAAAAAAAGGAAACCACCUAAACACUAGUGAAAUGUGGGUCAAUGAUGGAACUGCCCCUGACUUUUUCAAAGCAGUCAUGUCUCAAAAAAGAUUCCAUCAGCUUGUAAGAGCAAUCAGAUUUGAUGACAAUAGAACCAGGGAGGAACGUAAAAAAAUUGACAACUUGGCUGCAUUUAGGGAUGUAUUCGAAACUUUUGUCAGUUUGUGUAAGGAACACUACACUCCAGGAGAGUACGUUACUAUUGAUGAGAUGCUGGAGGCAUUUCGGGGAAGAUGUAAGUUCAGACAAUACCUGAGCAAUAAACCAGACAAGUAUGGUAUAAAAAUUUAUGCAAUGUCGGACGCUCGAACAUUCUAUGUGUUGAACAUGGAAAUUUAUCCGGGCAAACAGCCCCCGGGCCCUUAUGCGUAUGACAACUCAGCAAGUAGCGUGGUUUUGAGACUAAUGGAACCUAUCGACAGAACAGGAAGGAACAUUACGAUGGAUAAUUACUAUACCUCUGUUCCCCUUGCCAAUGAGUUGUUCAUGCAUCAUAGAACCACUAUAGUAGGGACUAUAAAAAAAAAUAAGCGAGAGAUCCCAGAUUCAUUUAAAGAUGUCAACGGUAGACCAGUAGGCAGCAGCAUGUUUGCUUUUGGCUGUGACCCGAAUAGAGCCACAUUAGUCUCUUAUGUCCCGAAAAAAGGGAAAAAUGUUUUGAUGUUGUCGACAUUUCAUGAUGAUGACUCUAUUGAUCCCGAUUCUGAGGCUAACAAACCAGAGGUCAUUACUUUUUAUAACAUGACCAAAGGUGGGAUCGAUGUUGUAGACAGAAAGAAAAAGGACUACUCUGUAAAACGUAUUAGUAACAGGUGGCCUUUGACGAUUUUUUUGUGGACUCCUGAAUCUGGCAACUAUAAAUGGUCAGAUUAUCUACAACCUGAAUACAAAAGACACCAUGCAGAGGAGGACUUUCAUAACGAGCCUUGCGAGGGACCUAGUAAAGCCGCAUAUUCUACAUAGAGCUUCUAUUCAGACCCUCUCACUCCCGUUGAGGACCAGCAUCAGGGCUGUCGCCGGUGUAGAACUUCCUGAGCCAAACCCCCCACCAGUUGUCGAGGGACGAAAACCAAGGUGUCACUACUGCCCUGUCAGGAAAAACAGGUUUACUCCAUACAAAUGCUCAGCUUGUGAAAGAUCCGUAUGCAAGGAGCACACUGCCAAAACAAGCUAUUGGUGCCACAACUGUGCAGCAGAAGGGAACUAGAUCUAAGUUUUUGUUUCUUGUAUUAGUUUCCACUUCACAUGCAUUAUUUUUACAUUAUCAAUUUAAUUUAGAAUGUCUU